UAUCUCCUCCAUCGAAACCCGCGCUGUGGCCCUUGGAGCUGGCUGGGCAGUGAGCCCAAGCUUAGCCUAGACGCUUGGUAUUGCGCGGAAUCCGGCAGGGGCAUCGGUUUUGACUUAUUAUUGCAUCGCGCAUUGCUUGCAUCGACGCGUUCGUCAGCUUGCGUGCCACUGCAGCUCACACUCAAAUCAAUCCAUAGUGUGAGCAGCACGCUGUCGUCGCAAUCCACGGUGCGUGAGCACGCAUACGUCGUCGACGGCGUGCGACCAAAAGAAUCAUGGACGACAAGCAGCUCCUGGCCGUCCUCGAGCGCCAGCGCUACCGCGCGACCGCAUUGGACGUCUCGUUAAAAACGGGCGCGACCGUCGAGGACAGCGAGGAGGCGCUGGCGCAGCUGCUGGCGGCGUGCGGCGGCUCGUAUGAGUUCCGCGGCGAGAUCGUGGUCUACAUCUUUCCGUCCAACGUCAAGAGCAAGCUCGGCGCCCGGCGCGCGAACGCGCGGCUGCAGCACAUUCUAACAGCGGCCGCGACCGCGGCGCAGUACGCCGUCGGCGCGUUCGUGCUCCUCGCGACGCUCUUCGUGGCGGUUGUCGUGGUGUUAUUCUGUGCGCAAAUCAACCAGUGAGUCGGGUGCGCGUCGAUGGCGUAAGGACGCGCCGCGAGACUUUGAUUUAUGCACAGGUGUUAUUCGUCGUGGCCGCGGCCGUGGCCGCCCUGCGCGGCGACGGCCGGUCGCGGUCGCGGGGCCCGAACAUACGAGGAGGCAUCCGGGAGCUCCACGAACUCGUGAGGACGUGGAACUUGUUUACGUCGCUGUACUGGUGUUGCGCUGUGUGGAAAUCAAACGGUGAGUUGGGUUUUACGGUCACGGGGACUACGUCGCGUCGAUGGCGUGAAGCGCCCGAAAUUUGAUUUCCACACAGGUGCUGCGGCGGGACGAACCCGUUCUUCCGGCCGGUGCCCUUCGGUUUUUACCCGUACUACUACGGGCCGUUCGGGGGCUACGGCUACGGCUACGGCUAUCCCGGCUACGGCUACGGCUACGGCCUCGGCUCGGCGCUGCGCCACGCGCGGCGUCGGCGGAACGUCGCGCGGACGCGCGCCGUCGUCCGCGACGGCGUCGUCGUCGCCGUGCCGGCCGAGGAGGCGCCGCUGACAGAGGAUCUGCCCGUCGCGACGGCCGUCGACGAGGAGGACCGCGAGGCGCUCCUCGACGACGAGGGGGGCGCGAGUCCGCCGAACCCAAGCGACGACGCGCUGUCGGCGCUGCACGCCUUCCUCUUCGGCGGUCCCGGCGCGCGGACCGCGGACCACUGGCGAGCCGUCGGCGGAGUCAUCGCGAGCCGCGGCGGCGUCAUAGCCCCCGAGGACCUCGCGCCGCACCUGCCCGCGCCGCCCAUGAAGCUGCGCGGCAGCGAGGCCGCGGCGGCAGUGGCCGUGGUCCACUUCCGGGGCCGGCCCCGGCGCUGCGAGGAGGGGGGCGGCGUCGUGUUCGAAUUUCCCGAGCUGGUUGGAGGCGCCCCCGCCGACGGCGACGACGCGUUGUGCGAGGCGCCCGUGCCCUUCGCGGGGCUCUCCUUUGAAAGGACGCUCUGCUGCGCGGGGCUGGUGGGAGGCAACGUGCUCGCGUUGUGGGUCCUCCGCGGGGCCGUCGACGGCGCGCUCGCGCGCGCGGCGGCCUUCUUCUACUACUACUCGCUCGCGAUCCUAGCGAUCCCGCUCGUUCGCUUCGGGGUACACGUGCUCGCGAACCGACGACGCGAAGAGAGGAACGCGACGCGGCGGGCGCUCGCGGACGAGCUGCGCCGACUCCGCGACGAGGACUCAUCAGGCGUCGCGGCGCGCGUGCGCUUCGCGGAGCGCUGUUCUAUGUAG